CCGGGCAGGAAGGGAAAGGGGCCUCUCUAUCGCAAUUGUUCAAGUAUGCAACCGGUUUUUUCCCCAUUUUAGUCCUGAACCUUGAGGGUGAACAGUGCAAGUUUGAGUCCUUACUUCUUUGUUUUACGGUGAAAAUCUGUACUUUUUCUCUGCGAGGCAACGAAACUAAAGGUGUGACGCUCAAAGUUUCGGCCAAGGACUCGACUCUACUACAGAGAAAGCCUGGGAGAAUUUUACUUUCGUAGUUACUAUGCCGUAGAUAGCGGUUCCACGUUGCGUUCAUUCCCUGCAUUUUCCUGAGAGGGAAGGACUUGUACAUGAAGCAUAAUUUGUGAUUAUCGUAGAAGAGAUGUGUUGUGGUCAACUAAAUCAUUCUGGAAGAGAUUGGUGGUAAAUGACAGUUGAAACACGAAAUUAUAGCGACGUGCAGACGUAAACCUAAAAAUUUUUGAUCAUGUCUUCAGAUGCAGCAUCCCUUCAUGCUUUGGAAGUGCUUAUGAAUGAAUUUUUUGAUUCUUCUACAGACAACAAUCGCAAAAGAGAAAUAGAACAAGUUUUACAAAACUUUAGCCAACAAUCAGGAGCAUGGCACCACUGUGUGUAUUUUAUGAACAACUGUUCAAAUCAGUAUGUUCUUAUGUAUGCAGUUUCAGUGUUUGAGAAUCUCAUUAAUAAACAAUGGAUAGGAACACAAGCUGGAGAUAAGGCUGAGGUCCGUCAUUUUCUCAAUGAUUAUCUGUUGUCAUAUCACAAGAAGCUGCCAUCAUACAUCAGAAACAAGCUUAUUAAAGUUAUUGUCGAUAUUGGAAGGGUUGACUGGCCACAUUUCUACCCAAACUUUUUCUCAAGUAUUAUAGAGUUACUCCAGCAACCUUCAACAGUAGCAUUGGGCUUGCUCAUGCUUCAGACAACGUCAGAAGAAUUGGCCUCACCCAGGGAGGAUUUGAGUAUUGCUAGAAAGACUGAAGUACAUAGGCUGUUGCUUAAUGAAGUUCCUGGCAUCCUCUCUUUACUGACUCAUUUGUUGGACAGAGUCUUAGAAAAACACCGUCGACUUGCAACAACAGUUACCCCACCUCCUUCCCCCACUCAUGGAAUAUCACCAGCCAGGAGUUCUAGUCCUACAGUUUCAGGAUCAAGUUCAUUGUCAAUAUUUACUUCAGCGCCCUCUGCAGAUCUGUCACUCCAACAUGCAGGGAGUAGUAACCUCAUGGGACGAUUAUUGAAUAAUUCACCAAUGAAAUCUAGACAGAAUUUAGGACAUCCACUGCCACCUUUAGACUCAGAAUCUGAAGAGAUCAGUUCUCUAGUACUUAAAUGUUUAGCACAUCUGUUUAGCUGGAUCCCUCUGUCGUCCACCAUUACACCUUCACUUGUGUCCACUGUGUUUUAUCUUGCGGAGUUUGGCUGCAGUGUAGUUCCAUCCAGCUCUGGUAGUAGUGUUGUGAGUAAUGCAGAACUAGGUGUCUCAGCAAUGACUUGUAUUAAUGAACUGUUGUCUAAGAAUUGUGUGCCUGUAGAGUUUGAAGAGUUCUUGCUGAAGUUGUUUCAGCAAACAUUUCAGCUGUUGCAGAGAAUAACAAAAGAUACAGGGGCUCAAGCUGUGGAAAACCUUCUCACAGAACAAGAUGAAAGUUACUUGAAUAAAUUUACAGAGUUCUUGAGACUUUUUGUGAGUAUACACUUGAGAAGAUUUGAAAACAGCUCCCAUUUCCCAGUUCUUGAGCUGUUGAUGUUGCUCUUCAAAUAUACAUUCAAACAGCCUCAGCUGGAAGGCUUUUUUGCCUGCUUGGACAUUUGGACUGUGUUUCUAGACUAUCUUAUUGGAAAAGUGGCCAAUGCAAGAAGUGAUAAGCUUGCAGAAGCAGAGGCUACUGUUAGCAGGUAUAAAGAAGUGUUGCUGAUGUUGAUAACAGAGCUGCUGAAAAAAAUUCAAUUCCGACAUAAUCGAAAGCAACUUGAGGAGUUGGACGAUGAAACACUAGAUGAUGAUUCUGAAACAGAGUGGCAAGCAUUUCAAAGAAAUUGCCUGGAAAUUGUAGCGAAGUUAGCAGAACUCCUACCUGGAGAGACAUUCUCCCUGCUGUUCCCUCUAUUUAGUGAAUAUUGUGAUGUGUACAUUGGUCUUGGAGAGUUUGUUACCAAAACUGCACAUGGCCUUCAGCUUGGGAUCAGUGGUGAAAAUGAAUGUCAUCAAUUGCACUGUUCACUCAGAGACUUGACCACUAUGGAGCGUGCCCUGGGACGACUGUCAGAACACUUUAUCGGUGAAGUGAAUUUUGCCAACAGAUUUAGUGAUGGGGAGGCUAUUGUUGAAAGACUUGGACAGAUUGCAUUAUUUGGCACACAAAGUCAGUUGUUUGCAGUUCAUACAGCCAUGCCUAAUAUUCUUCAACCUGACCUCAUUGAAGUCCACGCCCAAGGACUUGCUGCAUUUCAAGCUUACUGCCACUGGAUGGCACAGUAUUAUUUGGAAACACACAGGCAACAACAGCAUCAAGAAAAGUUUGUGACGCUUGUCUCAAAUGCAAUCGAUUCUCUGGUUCCUUUGAUGAACAAGGAAGUUCCUCAAAGAGUUUCUUUACCAGCUUCCCACCUUCUCAACUCCUUGGCAACAACUGUACGUCCAUCAUUUAUGACUGCUCUGGAUAAAGUACAGAAGCUCUUCCAUGAUGUUAGCAGUGGUUCAUUAUCUGACUUGCCACUUGAGGUCCAGACCUUAGUUAUACGGUCUUUGUCAAAUGCGUUAGUGUUACCUUGGCCAAAUAAAGCUGACAAUGAACAGGAAUGGGAGGUGCGCUCUCAAAGUCAUCAAACCUUAAUGCAUAGCAUCAAACAGCCUUUCAAGAGUAUUGUGGAAACACCAGGUUUUUCUGGAAACAAACAGCUGCAGGAAAAUGCCAAGCCUCUUCUUCACUUCACCUUGCACGUGCUGGCUGAUUUGAUGUCUGCCGCAACAGAAGACCAGGUUACCAAGACUAAACUCAUUCUGUACCAGUCCAUCUCAGACGUAGUUCAAAUCACAAUUAAUAUUUUUCCGGUCUACAUCCACUAUCCAGAUACAACCGAUGAGUUCCUGGGCUUCCUGUUGACGUUGUUCGAGAAUUUGAAGGUUCAACUUGGUCCAGCGGUGACAGAACAGAUCGUUGAACCACUGCUUCACACCUUCACUCGCCAACAGUUGUCCGAAAUACUACAUCAUGAGAGUACAGCUGGCUCGCGGGUCAUCAACAAGUUCCUGAAGAUCCUGCAGCUGUUGGUGCAGGAACCUGCUGCAUCUUUCAAGGCUUUCCUCCCCAACAUUAUCGGGUUAUGUAUGGAGCAGUUAUAUCCGAUUUUAGCCGAGCAACCGUGCCCCGACAUCAAAUGUGAAUUUUACGAGUUACUCCAUCAGUUACUACUGCACAACUGGCGUUACUUCUUUCGUGCAUCUCUUUUGGCUUAUAUGUCAAUGGCCGAGGAGACUGUGGAGAACCAGGCCCAGUUUAACUCCGUUAUGCAGGCCUUUGGACAGUCUUUUCUUCAACCAGACAUCACGGUUUUCAAGCAGAAUAUUGAAGCUUUAGAAAACCUAAACUCUAAGUGUAAACUUUAUCAAAAGCGCAUUUUUAAAGACAGUAUGCUUCUUCAAUUCGUGAACGUCUUCCUUCAAGCGCUGGUGUUUAGAUCACAUGACCUGUUACAAGAAGAGAUCACGAUCACUCUGUACAACAUGGCGGCUGUGGACUUUGACUCCUUCUACUCAGUGUUCUUACCUCAAUUUCUCGGAGGCUGUGAAGGGCUUACCGACUCACAGAAGACUGAACUGGGAAAUAAUUUCACACCUGAUAAGGAUCUGCCAUCUUUUACUCAGAGUAUUCACCGAUUUGUCGGCGACUUACGGUACUACAGACUUUGUAACAGCAGCCUGCCUUCAGGAACCGUCAAGUUUUAGAACAAAUUUAUUUAGGAAAAAAAAAGGGAAAAAAAAAGGAAAAAAUGAUGUAUUUUAAGGCUGUUUAAAUUAUGACUUCUAUGUAUUUUUAAUCGAGUUGCCUGUGCUCGUGUAAUUUAUAUAUCUGUAACUAUUCUUGUCUAGUUCAUGCUCGUGUAAUUAAGGUAUAAUAAUUGUAUAACGAUCCCAAAGUGGUAAAAAGAGGCAAGAGUCUCUGCUGUAAUGAAAAUACUGUAUAUUUUUUUAUAUUCACAAAAUUGGUACAGUGUAAUUUGUAAGUAAGCAAAAUGGAAUAAUUUUCCCGAAGAAGUUUUAAUUAUAUGUGAACCUCCUCAGUGAAUAAAAUG